AUGAACGAAGAUAUUACUAUGUCAAGUGCAAAUAUUGUUGGUAACAACUCUGGUUACGUUCGCAAGGUCCGUGAACCCGAUGUUUUUAAUGGUGAAAGAGACGCUAUUGUUCUGAACGCAUGGAUUUACUCUUUGGAGUUGUAUUUCUCCUUGGUAAAAAUUGAAAAUACACAAGAAAAGCUGUUGGUUGGUCUUUCUUUGCUGCGAAACGAUGCUCAAUUAUGGUAUUCGCAAUUGAGUGCCUUUGACAGUGACCAUGCCCCUCAAGAUUGGGAUGAAUUCAAAGCAGCCUUGCGCAAUGAAUUCAUACCAAUUGAUGCUAUUGCCAAGGCUCGUGAUGGUAUGGCUAAUCUGGUUCAAGUAUCAAGUGUCACUAGUUACAUCAAUUCAUUCAGACGUUUGCUACUACAAAUUCCAGACAUGACUCCAGGUGUAGCUCAAGACAAAUUUAUUAGAGGCUUGAAACAGCCUCUACGUUAUGCAGUUCGAUCCCACUUCCCAAAGACUUUGGAGGAGGCUCAACGUGUGGCUCUAGCUAUUGAAGGUGCCGGCGGGGAUGAGGUAGCAGUUGAACCUAUUAGAACAAACGUACCUCAACCUCAGCCUGAAUCCAUGGAUUUGGACACAAUUCGUGAGCUGGUCAAUGCUAUAAAUGGUAUUUCUGGUAGUCGUCGUAACUUUAAUGCUGGUAGUAAGCCCAGAAACAAUGCCAACAUUAAAUGUUACAACUGUCAAGGUUGGGGACACAUGCAAGGUGAAUGUCCCAGUCCUCGCAAUAAUGGCCGUGGCGGUGGAAAACGAUUUGGUGGCUCUUUUAAUAAGCAUUUAAAAGAUAUCAAUGUAGGAGAUACUGUUCCCAAGGCUGGUGGUAAUGGUGUUGAUCUGUUAGAUUUGGAUAACGAUCACGAAGUGGAUGAUUUAAAGGCUGAGAGCAAUUAUUUGUUUAAUUUGGAAAAGAACAAUAAAGCUACUACUGACUUGCCAUUGUACUCUUUUGACCUCUGUUCUAAUGAUGGAACUCGUGAUUGCCUCAAGCCUAUCAAGGUACUGUUGGAUACUGGUGCUAGCUCAAACUACAUUAGUCCUACAUUAGUUAAUCCUACAACGAUGAAGAUCACACCAUUACAUUCUAAACACGAAGUGGAAACAGCUAAUGGACAAGUGUCUGUUAUCAAGGAAAAGGUGGAAUUUUCGGUCUCGGCUAAUGGUGUUGGUCAACGUAUACAGGCUUAUGUGUUUGAUACUAAAUUUGAUCUUAUUCUUGGUCAACAAUGGUUCAAACAGUAUAAACCUGUUCCCAAUUGGUCUAAUAACUCUUGGUCUAUCCCUGGCCCUCAUGGUAUUGGUAUGGCUGUCUUGUCUCCGGUAAAUCUGGUAUCUAAUGCUCAAGAUUUGGUGUAUGUCAUGUCCAAAAGACAAAUGCAGCGCUCUCUGCGAAAAAACAAGAUUGAUGAAUUGUUUUUGGUACAUGUCAAAGAGUCUGGUAACUGGCACAACAUGGUGGAUACUAGUGAUAAUCUCGGAAAGGAUAUCUCUAAACUGUUGGAUGAGUACAAGGAUGUUUUCACGGAAAAACUACCUCCUGGUUUACCUCAUGAUCGUGGUAUCGAACAUGUUAUCGAGACUGGUGAUGCUGAACCUCUAUGCAAACAUCCUUUCAAAAUGAGUCCUUUAGAAUUGGAUGAACUACAACGUCAAUUAAAGGAAUUGUUAGACAAAGGCUUUAUCCAACCUAGUUCGUCUCCUUGGGGUGCUCCUGUUCUGUUCGUGCGUAAAAAGUCUGGUGAGCUUCGAAUGUGCAUUGAUUUCAGAAUUAUCAAUUCUCUUUGCACUAAAAAGCUUAAUACUCCCUUACCUCGUAUAGAUGAGUGCCUGGAACGUCUCGGUGGCGCUAAAUACUUUGCUCAGUUCGAUCUGACGAGCGGCUACCACCAAAUUAGGCUGUCCAAGCAAGAUAUUCCCAAAACUUGUUUUGUUACACGCUAUGGUGCUUUUGAAUGGCUUGUGCUUCCUUUCGGACUCCGAAAUUCUCCGUCGGUGUUUCAAAAUAUGAUGAACAAGUGUCUCUCUGGCUACAUUGAUCGAUUCGUCCAGCUCUACUUAGAUGACAUUUUGGUGUAUUCUCCAACUGCUGAAUCGCAUCUGGAACACAUUCGUCUAGUUUUGGAAAGAUUCAGGCAGUUCAAGUUAUAUGCCAACCCAAAGAAAUGUAAGUUCAAUCAGCGUGAAGUGGAGUUCUUAGGCAUGAAGGUCUCGGCAAAAGGCAUUCUGCCUUCUGAUUCAAAGGUCAAGGCGAUCAAGGAUUGGCCUAUUCCCACUAAUGUGCAAGAGGUUCGUCAAUUUGUUGGUUUGGCUUCCCAUUACCGAAGGUUCAUCCGUCAAUUCUCGUCUGUGGCAGCCCCUCUAACUGAACUUACUAAGGGUACUGGUUCUAAACGUCGUGGCAUUGUCUGGAGUCAGGAGUGUCAAAAAGCUUUUGAUCAAUUGAAAUUCUUAUUGACUCAUGCUCCCUGUCUACAACCUCCUGAUGUGACUAAACCAUAUGUCAUUGAGACAGAUAGCUCUGACUUUGGUUGUGGUGCGGUACUCUUGCAAAAAGAUGAUCAAGGCGUUUUACAUCCUUUGGCAUUCGAAUCUAAGAAAUUUUCUAUGGCUGAACGUAACUACCCUGCGCAAGAGAGGGAACUUCUUGGUGUUUUGCAUGCUUUGCGGGUCUGGCGAUGCUUCAUUGAUGGUGCUGACUACGUGGUAUAUACUGAUCAUAAUCCGUUACAGUAUCUAAGAUCGCAGUCUAAACCUACAGCUCGUUUGGUCCGUUGGUUAUCAGAAAUCGAGACUUACGCUCCUAAAAUAUUGUACAAACCUGGCAAAAUCAAUGAAGUCCCGGAUGCUCUUUCCCGUCGUGAUGGUGCUGACUGUGUGGCCGCUAAUACUAGUGUGGAACCUCGUUAUUUGUACUCUGUCGAGUCAAAUAUAAUGGUACACCCGUCGGAUUGGCCAACUUUCUAUUUAACCAAACAGGAGUUAGUUCCCGAUUCGGUGAAAUCUCUAAUCGAGUCCAACACUCACAGGUUUGUCAUAAAAAAUGAGAAGGUUUAUCGCAAGGUGAAAAUUGGUGAACGAGAGUUUGAAACAAGGUUCUGUCCAUUCUCAAACCGUGCUACCUUGGUGAACAGAUUCCAUGAAGGGUUUGGUCAUGCUGGUCAAAGUACUGUGUUUGAGCUUAUGCGCAAACGCUGGUGGUGGCCCAAUAUGCGAUCUGAUAUUCAAGGCUGGUUAUCUACUUGUAAGGAAUGUCAGUUGGCUUCUAGUUCUGGUAAAAAUAAGCAUCAUGCUCCAAUGGUUUCUCUGGAUAUUCCUCCUGCUUUUGGUCGUUGGCACUUGGAUUUUGUUAGUGAGUUACCUCUGACACCUCAAGGUAACAGAUGGCUUCUUACUGCGGUUGAUUACACUACGAAUUGGCCUAUUGCUCGUGCGGUACCGGAAGCCACAACAGAAGCCGUUGCUGAUUUCAUCUAUGAGGAAAUCGUGAUGCGUUUUGGAUGCCCCCAGGAAAUCUUGACAGAUCGUGGUGCUAAUUUUAUGUCAAACGUGGUGAAACUCUACAUGCAUAGAGUCAAGGUUAAUCACAAGUUUACUUCUGCUUUCCACCCUAGAACUAAUGGUAAAUGCGAACGUCUCAAUGGUAUUCUCAAGGCUAUGUUAAGAAAAUAUGUUAACGGUGCUAUUUUUAUGUGGGAUAAAUUUGUUGACACGGCUCUCUUUGCUGCUCGGGUUCGUCAUCAUCGCUCUACUGGUUAUUCUCCUUUUUAUUUGGUAUAUGGUCGUGAACCACUGCUUCCUGGGGAUUAUACUCGUCCUUAUUUCGAUAAGUUGACAGCAAAUGAUCCUAGAACUGUGGCUGAACAUACUGCUCGUGAAUUGGAAAGCCUUGGUCAAGUCCGUGCUGCUUCUGCUCAUCGUAUGAAAAUGGUCUCUGAAUCCGACAAAGAACGUUGGGAUGCGGCUAUUGAGAAGCUGGAAUUUGAAGUUGGUGAUCAUGUCCUGCUUAGAAACGAACAGAAAUACGGUCUUGAAUACAAUUGGAUGGGUCCCUUUAUUGUCGUUGAUAAAAACUCGGAAAGCCAUGUCUACAAGUUGGUUACGAUUGGUGGUGAACCUUACUCGUCUUGGGUACAUGUUGAUCGUUUAAAAGGUGUUAAGGCUGAAUCCAUUGAUACUCCUUGGUACAAUCCCACUGUGUCUCGUGCUGCUUGGCGUGAAGAAAUGGGUCUCAACUCUAGUAAUCAGGCUGUAUCUUGUACUUCUCCUAGUUUCUCUGGUACUUCUGGCUCUGUCGAUCAAGUUGAUCAGAGUCGAUCAACAAUCUCGGGGGGGAAUGAUGUCGUGCCCAAACUUAGGUUUAAGCCAAAUUUGAAGAAAGCGACUAAAAGGCGCCAGCGUAUACUCGAAGGUUCUGGAAACUGA